GCCGGGAGUCACUUGCGACUCAGCCUCCGGAAGAAGCGCGGCAGCGAUCGUCGUCGCACUGGAAAGUCGAGUCGAAAAAGGAAUUCCGAGAAGAAUGAAGAUGCGUCUGCUGUUGGCUUCUGUCGCGCUGCUGUGGCUGAGCGCGGCGGCGUCGGCGGAGGAGACGGUCGAGGUGCAGCUCCAGCAGGGCGCCAUCGUGGGCUCGAGGUCCGAGGUCAAGGGCGGCAGGGCCUUCUACGGCUUCUUGGGCAUUCCCUUCGCCCAGCCUCCGGUCGGGGCGCUCAGGUUCAAGGAUCCCGUGGCCGCCGGGGCGUGGGAGGGCGUGAGGAACGGCACUGUGGCUCCGCCCUUGUGCCCGCAGCCAGACGCGCCCUCGGACUGGACGCACGAGGACUGCCUCUACCUCUCCGUGUACACGCCGCAGCCCAACCGGACCGACCUCCCCGUGAUGGUGUGGCUUCCCCAAGGAGGCUUCAUCAGCGACGUGACGCCCCUGUUCCAGCCGGAGUUCCUCCUGGCGAAGGACGUGGUCCUCGUCGUCCUGCAGCACCGCCUCGGCGUCCUGGGAUUCCUGUCGACCGAGGACUCCGAGCUCCCUGGCAACCUGGGGCUGAAGGACCAGGCGCUGGCCCUUCGCUGGGUGCAGGACAACAUCCGCGACCUCGGCGGCGACCCAGACAAGGUCACCAUCUUCGGCCAAAACGCGGGUGGUGCGGCAGUGCACUACCACAUGCUGUCUCCCAUGUCCAGUGGCCUGUUCCAGCAAGCUAUCAUGCAGUCGGGGGCGGCGCUGUGUCCCUGGGCGCUUCGGGAAGACCACCGACAGGUGGCCUUCAGCUUCGGCCGCAUGGUGGGCUGUUCGGGCGAGCGCGGGGGCAACAGCACUGCGCUCGUCGACUGCCUUAGGGAGGUCCCCAUCGAGCAGCUGAUGGCCGUGCUGCCCUACAUCAUGCCCUCCCCGUAUGUCCUAACGCCCCGCGUGGACGGCGAGUUCCUGCCCGACCACCCCGCCACGCUGGUCAGGGAGGGCCGCUACAACCGCGUCGACGUCCUGUCCGGGGUCACGCGGGACGAAGGUGCUCUCAACGCCAGAGCGUUCGUGGAGGACGGCGUCGUGGACAGCAUGAUCCAGAACUUCAGCCUCGUGGGUCCCCCCGCCCUCGGCUUCGAGGCCUGGGACGACGACCCCGAGUACCUGGCCCGCCUGGCCUUCCACAGGUACCUGGGGCCUAUGGAGUUCGACCUGACCAAGAUCGAUCCUCUCGUCAAGCUCCUCGGCGACAGCUUCUACAGCAUGUGCAAUGUGGAGACCAUCGUGCACCAUGCACGCGACGCCGUCGGCUACCGCGUCUUCGCUACGAGCUGCAGCACGCGGGAGCACGCCUUCUCCGACCUGUUCAGGGGACCCUCGCCCGCUGGAAGCCUUGAGGAUUCCAUGCCUGAAAACAGGAUCUUCCGGGCUGGGAAAUGGAAGGACGGGGGGGGUUAUGUUGUCGGUGGGGUGACGGCCUUCAUCGGGAGGGAAAAUAGCCGCGGUCUUCCCCCAGAAAUCUUGAAGGCCCCCAUAUACCCUGCUCGGGGCCCCCGGCCGAGAAAAACCUUUGUAGCCUUCAGCCCUCUUCGACCCCCUUUUGCUCGGAUUGACGGAGGCGGGGUGACCCCCCUUAAAGGCCCAAAAGCUCUCGUCGAGGGCCCCAAGUUCUUGUUGGGGACGAAGAGGGUCGAUACAUAG